GUCAAGGUGCUGAGCAGGUGCUGAAAAGGUGUCAAGGUGCUGAGCAGGUGCUGAAAAGGUGUCAAGGUGCUGAGCAGGUGCUGAGAUGCCAGGGUGCUGGGUGCCAGCACUUUCCCCCUUGUGUUUUUCACGCUGCAUCGAAUGAGAAUGUUUUCAAACAUUUUACAUUAGGAUAUUAAUGAAAAACAACUGAAUUUAGUAUGAAAAAGACCACUUUUUCCCUAUAAAAAAAUGUAAAAAAUGCGGUUUUUGGUACAUUAUUUCGACAGUUUUCAGUAAAUUUUAACCCAACAACUCUUUUUAAAAUUUUUUCCAUAUAUACAGUUUUGUAGAGCACGACGAACUCUAUCGAACCAUGUAAAAAUAUCCAAGAGAAACAUUUUAAUUUAUUUUUGAAUUAGUGGCCCCUUCCUUUUCCACCGCCAAAAAAUAUAAAAUUUCUGAAAGUUUCUUAAGUUCGAUAUUAAAAUGUUUUCAUAACCCUUACUAUUCAAUGUCAAUAAACCCCAUUUUUGACGGGGUUUCAUUUGAUAUAAAAUUCAUUAUGUCUUCUAUUUGAAAUUAUAGCGGUGCCUCCCUGGCAAAAUAUUAUUUUCAACCUAGUAGUAUCUGGCCGGCAUUUCUUUGCUAUUGUUCAGAACUACGUAGAUUGACCUGAACUGUUCUAUGAAAUUAUGCUUUAUAUUUAAGGAUGGUCAUAUGAGUGACCGUCUCAAGCAUUCUUUCUAAUUUGAUUUCUUUUGUUUGUAAAACAGCUCACUUCAAAUUCACAUUUAGUAGUGAACUUCGCAUUGGAGAGACUACUUAGACUGGUGCAAAAAUGAUCUUUGAUAAUUUUCUUCUAUUAAGAAUACUUUUUUCGAGAUCUCGUUACAAACUUUGAUGGAAUAUUAUCUAAAACCUAAUAUUAAAGAUCUGUUAGAUAUCUGUAACUUGGAUUUUGAUCAAGAUAAGAUAUUUUUCUUCGAAGAUGUUACACUAGAGAAAGACCAGUUACUUUAGAUGUCAAUCUGCUGUUCUUAUCGGAAGUGGUGAUGAUAACUUAGCGAGAUGUGAUCAAUGUUGUUAUACAUUUUGUAAAAGAUGUAAAGAAAUCUAUCAUUUUCAAGCAAUGUGUCCAAAAGAUUAUUUAAUUGAACAAUUAAAAUUACAGCAACAAAAAGAACGUGAAAGAAUUGCAAAGCAACAGGAAGAAGAAAGAGAAAAAUAUCGAAAAGCACAAGAAAAAGAUCAAAAGAGACUUGCCAAAGAACGAGAAAAAGCUCUUCAAGAACUAGCUAGAAUUGAAAAACAAAAAGAAACUUUAGCUGAAAGAAAACUUGCUAAACAACAUUAUCGUGAAAUUGUCAUUGACUUAACGGACGAAGAUAUUUUGUUAGAAAAUAUUUUAAGUGCUGAACGAAUGGAAGUACUUAAUACUCAACCAUGUCCAAAUUGUCAUGCAAGAAUUGAAAAAAAUGGUGGUUGUUCACAUAUGCAUUGUUCAAGAUGCGAUUUUCGUUUUAAUUGGUCGUCACCAGAAGGACCUCGACCUCCUGAAAUAACUUCACUGUUAUAUCUUUCUUCUAAUGGACUAUCAGUACAAUCUAUCAAAGAAGAAUUAAAUAAAAAAUCAGAUACAGCUAAAGUAACCGAACCAAACAUCGAAAAGACUGAUUCCGAUCAAUUGACAGAGGAUGAAAAUAAACAAGAUACGAAGAUUUUAAUUAAUAAUCGAUCAUUUAUUGGUUCUUCUAUCGUCAAACGAGUGACACAAUGUCAGAAUACUUCAUGUAAUAAAUUCAAUGUUAAAAUAGCUGACGAUAAUUGGAUUGUCUGUAGCGGAUGUUUCAAGCAAUAUUGUUUUUCCUGUCUUAACACCAUUAAAGGACCAAUGCAUUUCCAAAAAGAAUGUGACCGUUAUACACCAGUUUAA